AUGCUAGAAGAAUUUAAUAUGUUUACUUUUCCUCUUGCUUGUUUACUUAUUUUAUUAUUUGUUAUGAUUACAAAACGAGAAUCAUAUAAAAUAAAUAGAUGUUGUAAAGGUUAUUUUGGUUUACCAAUUCGAUUAGAUUUUUUUGCACGUGUCAAACGAACAUUUGCAAUAUUUGCUGAUGAACUAUCAAAUCUUGCAAAUCAAUUCAUAAAUGAAAAUGGUUCAUUAACUGAUGAAGGUUUGUUAUUAUUAACUAAAUUUUCUAUUAAAAUUUAA